AUGACGCCGACACCGCCAUCGACGACGACGUCGUCGACUGGCCGGUCGCCAGAACCUCAAUAUCGCGUUGUCCGCAAGAGAAACAGGGUGCCUCUCAGUUGCUACCCCUGCCGGACGAGAAAGAAGUGCGACAGGUCUCACCCAUGCACCAACUGUGUCAAGCGUGAGGGCGCAGACACACUCUCCUGCUCGUACGCCACUCCAGUGUCCCGCAGGAAGAACCAAAGUCAAGGGGAGCCCACUCCGGAUGACAUGCAAAACCGCAUCGACAGGCUCGAGGGCCUAGUCUUGUCCUUGAUGCAUGGGGGAGCCAACGUUGACGUCCCCUCGCUACGCGGCUCCUCCUCAAUAUCCUCUGGCGGCGCUGCUUCCAACGCAUCGCCGUCUGCCGCAGACAGCGGCUCCUUGCCGCUCAAACUCGAGGGGCACGAUGACGGCGCAAUGCAGGAUGACGACGAGAGUGAUAUUGACGAAGGUCUCGCCAAGUCCCUUGGGGUCUUGAAGAUGGAUGUCGUGCGCUCAAAGCACAUCUAUCUUGGGGAGGAGCAUUGGCACACCAUCCUCCUCGAUAUCGCAGAGGUCAGGAACUACUUUGCGAACCAUAAAAAGGACCUGGAGAAGAGCUACGAGAGAAUCAAACAGACCAAACCCCCAAAUGCCAAACAACCGCCAACCUUGCUGAUGGGCGCCACUCCUGCCACCGAGGUCGAACUCAGAGCAGAGCUGCCGCCCAAGUCGACCGUCUUGGCUCUGUGCGCAAGGUUCUUCGCCAACAUGGAAAGCGCCUGCAGCAUUGUUCACCAGCCGACAUUCUAUCAGCAGCUUCGAGACCACUGGCAAGACCCGCCCAAGACUCCCAUCAUGUGGCUGGCCUUGUUAUAUUCGAUCCUGUGCAUGGCUAUGCUCAGCUACCACAAGGUCGGAGAUGAGCCGCCCGAAUGGAAAGGCCGCGUGCUUGACCUGGCGAACGAGUACCGGUUGAGGACAGUGCAGUGCUUAAUCGCCGGCGACUACACGCGACCGUCACAGCAUACUCUUGAGGCCCUGCUGAUGUACUGCUUCUGCGAGUAUUCGUCUCGCUGGGAUAGCGAUGUGGGUCUGUGGCUCCUGGGAUCCAUAGUCGUGAGAAUCGCGCUUCGGAUGGGUUACCAUCGCGAUGGCAAGUCGUUUCCCGAACUGACACCAUUUGAGGCGGAGAUGAGACGUAGGAACUGGGCUCUCCUUCGGAUGCUCGACGUCUUCCUCUCACAUCAAUUAUCACUGCCCGGCAUGAUAUCAGAGAACGACUAUGACACAGAGUUGCCCCACAACCUCUACGACGAGGAAUUCGGGCCAGACACGAAAGUGCUGCCGCCCUCGAGACCCAGCACCGAGCCGACGCCCGUCAGCUACAUGAAUGCGAAGGUCAAGUUUUCCACGCACCUCGGCACCAUCCUGCAAGCGACAGGCCGGAUAAAGAACCAGGUGCAUUAUGACGAGAUCCUUCGACUCGAUGCCAAAUUGCGCGACCUCAGGGCUGAGCUGCCUCUCCACCUGAGGAUGCAGCGCAUCGAGGGCUCAUCGGACCCGUUGAACGUUGUUAUGGCGCGCGUCCACAUGGAUGUUCUCUACCUCAAAAUCAUGUGCUUGCUUCAUAGGAAAUACAUCCCGCGAGCGAGGCACAACCCCAGAUACGCUCACUCGCGGCGCACCGCCAUCGAGGCGUCUUUGGAGGCGUUGCGGCACCUGACGAGGCUGCAUCGGGAGACGCAGCCUGAGGGGCGCCUACAUUCGGUCAAGUGGUUCUUCACAUCGAUUGCGACCAAGGACUUCGUUCUUCCUGCCAUGCUCAUCGCGCUGGACCUGCAUUUCGACAACGUGAGCCAGAGGUCGGCAGCGCACCAAGACGCGCAGAGCCUGUACUUCUGGUCCCGAGCCCAGCGCCAGGAGAUGAUCAAUAGCCUCGAGAUGACGACGGAAAUCUGGAAGGGCUUGGCCGACACCUCCAUCGAAGCCGUCAAGGCCGCCAAUACUAUCGAGAUCAUGCUAGCCAAAAUCAAGAGCUUCGGAGGUGCUGAUGGACCCACCAGUCCGGUCGAAAGGCCACUGGCCACGGAGCCGACUGGGGCCGGAAGGUCUAGCGAGUUGCAGUCGAAACACUCGGCAGCCGGGACACGAGGCAUGCUUUCCGGGGGGCCGGUGUCGACCGCUCCCUUGGGCGGGGGAUCCGCCUCGGUGGACGCGCCGUACGCGGCGUUCAACCUGGGUUUGGACUCGGCCAAUGCAGGCUUGAGCCCAAGCCUGGGGCCGGGCACAAGUAGCGGUAUGGGAAAUCUGGCCGCACCGGAAUUCUCCAACGCGAUGCUAGGCUUUGAGGGCGGCCAGUCGCCGUUGGCCAUGUUUGACACCAUGCCGAGUGGUAACAUGGAUUUUAUGAGCAAUUUCGACUGGGACUCGUUUGACAGUUACACACAAACUGCAAACUUUGGCGGCGAGUCUUUGCAGUUCUUUUCCGGCAAUCCAGAACAGCAACAGCAACCAUUGCCGGGAGGUGCUGGUUUGUUUCCUUAUGGCUUGGACUUGAAUGGAGCAGGCUGA